AUGGCUUCUCGUGGGAGCAUAGCUGCGCCAGAGGUCGCCGUCAAGAUUUCCACAACACCACCUGAGGCUCGAUACCAUGAUCCUGCAUCCAGUAAAGACGAUGGCUCGAACGAAAUGCAAAUUAGUUCGGCGACAGCGCAUUCCGCCAAUGAAAUCGCCAGGAGAACUCGAACCGGUUUGAACUCUGAGCACGGCCACAGUCUCUCCUACAUCCGCCCCAUGACACAACAUCCUGGCUCGUCUGUCGCGGCUUUCUUCAAAGGGCUCUUUACCACUGUCAUCGGCAUAUCAACUCUCGGCACAAGCGUCACUUUCUCUUACGUCCUCUCCGGCGAUACCACCAACCCUCGCUCCGCAAACCCUGUAUUUGAUCUCCGGCAGACACAGCUAUUCCUUGCUAUCAGCUGGCUCUUGUUUCUGCUUGCUCUGGCGAACGCCUCUCUCUGCUCGACUCUCCUGACAUUCUUCAAAUACCACUGGAUUGCUGACUGGGAUGGGGUGAAUGGCAAAACGAGCCAGUUCGAAGUACAGAUAUAUGCCGUCUCUGCAGCUGCUCUGAUGGGUGCCCUGAUCGUAGGAGCCUUUGUGCUGCUAAGUUUGGUGGUGGCGGCCUACUCUGCUAUGAUCGGAUGGGUUGCGCUUGGGUUUACCGCGUUUUAUGGACUCAUCAUUGCCGUAGGGGUUCUGCAACAGGUGCCAUGGCCCUGGAGGAGCAACACGCCGACGCCGGGUGCGAACCACUCUGAGUGCUAG